GGAUUACUGGACCAGUAGUGAGGAAAAUUCUGAAGAGGACCUGUUCCAUCCCUGAUCUUUUAGGAGUGUGGUUUUGUAUAGUUUGCAGUUUUGUUAACAGUUCUAUUUUCUCAUUCUUGCAAUGGAGUUUUUCCCAGAUUCUGUGUGGGUGUUUAUCUUUGCAGCCUAUGCCAGUGAAUCCAGAAGGCAAUGGCUGGAGGAGCAUAGUGCUGAUAACAUAACACCAAACACCAACCUGCAGCCAGCCCGUAUCCCCCGGCCUCGUUUUUAUCCAGAAAGACGUUUGCUAGAUGGGAUACGAGAGGAUCGGGUGGUAAAGCUUUACCGCCUUUCUCCCUCAGCAAUUUAUGAGCUAUAUGAGCUCUUGCAUGAGGAUUUGGACCCCAAAAUGCCCACAAACAAAGCAGUGCCUGGGAUGUGUAAACUUCUCGGUGCAUUGCAUUUUUUGGCAUCAGGCACAUAUCAGCCCACGUUAGCUGAAGUGGCUGGUAUGUCUCAGGCAACGUUUUCCCGUUCCCUGAGCCAAUUUCUCAAGGCUAUAUUAAAACACUCUGGGAAAUUUAUAAAAUUUCCACAGUGUGAUGCUGAGUGGCGUGCUGUGAAGGGGGAUUUUUAUGAGCUGGCGAAUAUGCCCAAUGUGAUUGGUGCAAUAGACUGCACCCACAUUGCGAUGACAGCGCCAAAGCAAAUGGAAGAAUAUUAUCGCAACCGAAAAUUUUUCCAUUCGCUUAAUGUCCAGAUGGUUUGUGACGCAAACCUAAGGAUAAUGAAUGUGAAUGCCCGCUUUCCUGGGUCCACUCACGAUGCUUUUAUCUUGCAGCAGUCUGCAAUCUGCCGUAUGUUUGAAGAGGGUGCUUUUCCAAAUGGCUGGUUGUUAGGUGAUGCUGGAUACGGCAAUCGGUCGUGGCUACUCACUCCUCUCUCCAAUCCACAUGGUACUGCCGGAAGGAGGUAUCAGAAGGCUCACAAAAAGACCAGAGUUGUUAUAGAACAAACUUUUGGUGUUCUUAAAAGCCGCUUUAGGUGCCUAGACCGCGGCAAGGGCCUGCUUCUCUAUUCUCCUGCCAAAGUUUGCAGUAUAGUAGUUGCAUGCAGCAUUCUGCACAACAUCUGUAUUGCAAAAAAACUGGAGAUGGAGAUUGAUCCAUUGGUUCCUUUGGAUAUGAACCUCAGUUCAGCAGUAUUUGAUGUGGUUGAUUUGGGGAGUGAUACCAGGCAGGAUGUGAUCGCGGGCUUCUUUAGUUCUUGUAAGUGUAAUCUCCUCUGA